CAGGGGGAGAACUCGGUUUAUUAUCAUCAUAGCAGAAGCUACCGAGCAAGCAUGACGACGACGCAGGACGUGGAGAUGGCGGAGCCUGAGCAGGUGCAUCCGCUGCAGACCCAAUUCGAGGACGCCGAGGAUCUGGCGGUGGAUCUGACGCCCAGUACGUCGCCUAACGCGGCCAUCGAAGCCUUCCAGAGCAUCAUCUCCUACGCUGGAGAGGACGCGAUGCUGGAGCAAGUGCAGCGUGUGAAGGAGCACUCGAUCUACAAGCUGGCGCAGCUGUACAUCCAGUUCGGCCGCGAGAAGGAGCUGGCGUCGCUGCUGCAGGCGCUCCGACCGUUCUUCGCCACACUGGCCCGCGCCAAGACUGGCAAGAUCGUGCGCACGGUGAUCGACAUGGUGGCCAAGGUGAAGGUUCUGGACGCCGAGAAGGCUCUGCAGCUGCAGGCCGAUCUCUGUAUCGACUCGAUCGAGUGGUGCAAGCAGGAGAAACAUACAUUCCUGCGUCAGCGCGUGGAGGCGCGUCUGGCCUCCAUUUACUUCCAGCAGAACAAGUUCCAGCCUGCUCUGGACCUCAUCACCGAGCUGCUACACGAGAUCAAGAAGCUGGACGACAAGCAGCUGCUGGUGGAGAUCCACCUCGUGGAGAGCAAGCUGCAUCAUGCGCUGCGUAACGUGCCCAAGGCCAAGGCUGCACUCACAGCGGCGCGUAGUAUCUCCAACACCAUCUACGUGGUGCCACGUACGCAGGCGCAGAUCGACCAGAUGUCCGGUAUCCUGCAUGCUGAGGAACGUGACUACAAGACUGCGUACUCGUACUUCUUUGAGGCUUUUGAGGCCCUCGCGACGCUGGAUGAGGUGGAGGGACUCAAGUGUCUCAAAUACAUGCUGCUGGCCAAGGUCGCCAGUGGCGGCGCGAGUGAGGUUAACCUCAUUAUCAACAGCAAACAGGCAAUUAAGUUCAUUGGUGUCGACCUCGAGGCGAUGCAGGCGGUGGCCAAGGCACACGAACAGCGCUCGCUCGAGCAGUUUGAGGCGGCAACGAAGAAAUACGCACCUCAGCUGGUAGAGGAUCCGCUGAUCAAGAACCACUUGGGGAAGCUGUACGAGCAGCUUCUGGAGAGCAACCUGAUCAAGAUUAUUCAGCCUUUCUCGUGCGUCGAGAUCGCACACGUGGCCAAGCUGAUCAAACUGCCAUUGCCGCAAAUCGAGUUGAAGUUGUCGCAAAUGAUCCUGGACCACAAGUUCCACGGCAUUUUGGACCAAGGCAAGGGACAGCUUAUCGUGUACGACAGCCCCGUCGAGGAUAAAACAUAUACCUCUGGUCUUGGUGUCAUCGAGAACGUCGGGCACAUCGUAGACAACCUUUUCCGGCGCGCUGACAAGCUGCAGGCAUAAACGCGGAAAGGGAGACAUACUGAUGCUAAGGAACGCAAACUAAAAGUUGAGACCAGCAAUUCAGUGCAAACGACCUUAUAUUUCUUUAACGGAAUCGGUGGUACGGCCCACUCACUAUGGAGCUCCUCGUCUCGGGCGAGCCGUCGUCAUUAUCAUUAGGAGUGGUUACUGCCAUUUCAUUGAAGGAGGCCAUGCUCUUGGCGUUCUUCAUGCCACUCACCACAUACGUCAUGUUGCCAAACUCCUUGGUCUUUUCAGCGUCUUUCCUCAUCUGCCUGCGCCGACGGAUGGUCACGACGACGAAGACCACAAACGUGAGGAAUAAAACGAUACCCAGCACGAUGAAGGCAGCGUAGAGUGGUGGCCCGAACGUCACCUCGGAGGCAUCUUCGCCGUUAGCUGUCGUUGCUCCCAACUGGAACGUGCAACGUGGACCUCCCCAGAACUCGUUGAUACAUUCACAACGGCCCGUGUCAGCGUUGCAGAUGCCUGUGUGAAAAGUGUAGAGCACACUGAAAGGAAUGUUACAGUCGUUGUUGUCUCGACAUGGAGCACCUCCGUGCAUCUCGACGAGCUUGUUAUUCCCGUCAACGUAGUCUGUUUCGUGGUCGAGGAUCCAUUGCCGUGUCGGGUGUGACGCUGGAUCGCACUCGUGCGCCAUCGUGGAGCUUUUGGACGCGUCUUGGUACACACGCACGUAGUCGAUCUUCAUGUACAACGGGAACGAGUCGCAGAUGAAGUUGGCUUCCGGGUCUUUGCCGUCACCGCGACACGGUUUGCCAGGGUUGGGCGGAUACGUCCCCCAUGCUGCUGAUAGCGCGACGUUGAGGAUAAUAUACGAGGGCUCCUCGGGAAAAGUGAGUCGUGGGUUGGACUUGUUUCCACCUUGCGGCGUGUUGACCACAGACUUGGCCGGUAUCUCGAAGAUAGGGUGACCACCGAUCAUCCAGCGUAAGUACCCGUUGUCGCCGGUGACCCACUCGAGCUGGUACGCGACGUAGUCGUAGUAGACGCCCAUGUGGAUGCCCCAGUUAGCGGACAGAGCAUCCAUCUGAUAAUUGUACGGCUCCAUGGUGUUGGUCUUUGGGGUCGAGUCAUUGCGUGGCGCUGAACAGCGACUGUCCUGGUUGUCUGGGUCACACAGAAACACACCCUGGUAGCCGUUCAUCUCCGGAAAACACGUGCCGUUCGAGUUGAUGUUCCAGUGGCCCAGCGUUCUGUCACCGUCGAUAUAGCCCAUGUCUCCAUGCACGUCGUUUGAUGCUGGGCAAUAGAGCAGACUGCACGUAUUCGCUGUGAUGUUUUCCAUGCCCGCCGCUACGAGAGAAUACGACUGCGUGUCGUUCCCAUCCACGAUACAAUAGUUAUUGGAGCCAUACCGCAGACCCUGAUACCAGCUCCGAUGGCCACGCUCCUCGUAGUAUUCGGUGGGUACGCCUGGUAAGUUAGCGCCAAUGGUAGCACACCCCUGGCUGUACAUACAGUAGCUCCAGUCACCGAGACUUUCGUUGAUAGCAGCACGACGGUAAUCUGAGGGCAUUCCUGGGGCGAUUUGGAUGGAUGACGAAAUGGCCACACCACCGCCUUCCAGUAGAUCGAUCUCAACAGCACCGCGACCUUGGUUCGGGUUCAAACCGUGACCUGGAUCGGAAUCACACGCACUGAUGCGCUGGUUGCUGGAGUUAAAGACCGUCUCGUUGCAUUCGUUGUACGAGAAUGGCCACAUGCGGGCCGUCGACGAGGAGAACAGCGCACGACCGAGGUUACCCAUUAACCAAAUACCCGGCCACGUCGGGUAGUACUGUGUCUGUUCUGCACGCGCGUUGUUGCCCUUGCCAAUGUCUGUAUUAUUGCUGUCCUCGCUCAGCACAGCGGGGAGCUUGGCACGCACCUCCAGCAUGCCUCCUUGGAAGCAGAACUUGUUCCAAGUCUGCAACAUACCCGAUCGGUAGUACUGCUCAAAGUACAAACGUCAGUCAUUGAAAAUGUACCUGACUAUCACAGUCUAGACGUACGAAAGUGGAGUUUUGGUAUCCUGGAGGACGCAGAUAAUUAUUCCAGACUGUAAUGUUGUUGACCUCAUCGAUGGACUUGAUCUGUAGGUAACACAGUCCUUCCUCGUCGUCGUCGCAUACCACC